AUGGUAGUGCAAGAUAAGGAGUCCCUUCAGUGGCCCAGGCCCAUGAGAGCAGAGCCAAACCAGCGAGAUCCUGACAAAUACUAUCAGUUUCAUCGUACUCACGGCCAUGACACCAACAACUGUUUCCAGCUGAUCACUGAGAUCAAAAGGCUGAUCAAGAUGGGUCACCUACGGAACUUUGUGAAGAAGCCAGAAGGAGAAAGGCCUCGGCCGAAUCCUGCGGCCCAAACACCCAGGAGGACGGGAGCGGGACCGGUAAAUGAUGGCUCCAGUGGGACCAUCAACAUGAUUGUAGGAGGAACGGGAGGUCGAAUGAGCCGAAGGGGAAAGAAGAGAGGCAAAGAUGGGGAAGCCAGCAGCGCCGAAGUCAUGCAGGUGGUUGAGCACUCUCCCAUGACUAUCAACUUCUCUCCGGAGGAUGCUCAGGGUGUUCAGAUGCCUCAUGACGACGCUCUGGUUAUUGAAGCCGUCAUCCAUAACUACCGGGUGAAGAAGAUCUUGGUGGAUGACGGGAGCAAGGUGAAUCUGCUGCCAUACCGGGUCUUCCAGCAGAUGGGAAUUCCCGAGGAGCAACUGGUCGGGGACCAGGCCCCAGUGAAAGGGAUAUAA